AUGGAGGAAGUCGAAGACAAGAUACCCCCUGUCUCCGCUUCAAAAAUAGCUGAAGAGACUCCACUUGCAGAACAUGUUGGAGACAAGCUACUAUCUGAGUCUUCUCCAAAAAUUGCUGAAGAGACAUCGCUCCUAGCAGAACUUGAUAGAGACAAGCGACCAUCUGAAUCUUCUCCUAAAGAUGCUGAAGAGAUACCCCAGGCAGAACAUGUUGGAGACAAGCUACCAUUGGAACAUUCUCCAAAAAUUGCUGAAGAGACACCACUGGUAGAACAUGUUGUAGACAACCAACCAUCUGCAUCCUCUUCCAAAAUUGAAGAGACACCAGUGGCUGAGCAUGUGAUAGACAACUCUGAACCCUCUUCUAAAAUUGCUGAAGAGUCACCACUGGCAGAACAUGUUGUCAACAAGCUACCCUCUGAAUCCACUACAAAAGUUGCUGAAGAGAUGCCACUGGUAGAACACCCUGAAGUGAUAAACCUACCUAACAAUCAAUCUUCUGCUGAAGCUCCAACAGUCCUACUUAGAAAUGCAAAAACGGAAUCUGGCACUCAUUUGCCAGUGGAUGAGUUUUCUGAACUUGUAGUUUUGCCAAAUGCUCAUGAUUAUCAAACUUUAAUGCAAGAUGAGUGUGUUUCUACAGUUAAUUCAGUUUCAGACCCAGAUGCUGCAUUUGAUGUAACAGAAAAAAGGCAGCAGGUAACUUCAGUUGUAGAUUCGGAACCAGGUGUUGUAGAAAAUUUCUCUGACAGGCAUGAAUUGGAGGAUGAUGUUUCUAAUUUCACUGCUAACAGUCCUGUUGAUAAUGAGAAUAGACUUUCAGCUUCUUCUUCUGAAGCAAAAGAUUUACAAAAUGAUGAGAAUGAACUUUUGAUGGCCACUGGAUCGGUUAUCUCACUCCCCCGUGGCAAGAUGUUUGAUGCAAAAAGAGGUCUAAUCGAUACCAGAGCUCCUAUUGAGUCUGUCAAACAAGCUGUUUCCAAGUUUGGAGGAAUUGUGGAUUGGAAGGCCCAUAGAAUCCAGACCGUGGAGAGACGAGAUAUGGUAGAACAAGAGCUUGAGAAGGCACAAGACGAGAUCCCAGUGUAUAAAAAACAAGCAGAGGAUGCAGAAAAGGAAAAACGCCAAAUACUUAAGGAAUUAGACAGCACAAAGAGAUUAAUAGAAGAAUUAAAACUUAACCUUGAGAGAGCACGAACAGAAGAGCAUCAAGCAAGACAGGACUCAGAACUUGCAAUGCUCAGAGUGGAAGAGAUGGAGCAGGGUAUUGCAGAUGAAUCAAGUGUUGCAGCCAAGACACAACUUGAGGUUGCCAAAGCGAGGUAUACUACUGCUGUUUCAGAUUUAAAAGCCGUGAAAGAGGAGCUGGAAACAUUGCGCAAAGAUUUUGCUUCCUUAGUGAAAGAUAGAGAUUUAGCUAUUAAGAAAGCUGAAGAGGCAGUUACUGCAUCAAAGGAAGUAGAGAAGUCCGUAGAAGAUUUAACUAUUGAACUAAUUGCGGCAAAAGAAUCAUUGGAGACUGCACACGGUGCACACUUGGAAGCAGAGGAGCAAAGAAUAGGAACAGUCAUGGCAAGAGAUCAGGAUUCCCUCAAUUGGGAGAAGGAACUUAAACAGGCAGAAGAAGAGCUCCAGAGACUCAACCAGCAAAUUUUGUCUGCUAAGGGACUCAAAUCUAAACUGGAAACAGCCUCUGUUUUGCUGAUUGAUUUGAAAGCUGAGUUAUCUUCUUAUAUGGAAUCAAAGUUAAGGCUAGAAGGUGAUGAAGAAGGAAACUCAAAAGGAGGCCCAAAAGAGCCAGAGAAAAAGACACAUACUGACAUACAAGCAGCAGUUACAUCAGCCAAAAAGGAACUUGAGGAAAUAAAUCUUAACAUAGAGAAAGCAACCGCAGAGGUUAGUUGCUUGAAGGUAGCUGCUACAUCAUUAAAAUCGGAACUUGAACAAGAAAAAGCAACUCUUGCCACCAUCAGGCAAAGAGAGGGAAUGGCCUCCAUUGCAGUUGCAGCUUUGGAAGCUGAAUUGGAAAAGACCAGAUCAGAAAUAGCUUUGAUUCAGAUGAAGGAGAAAGAAGCUAAAGAGAAAAUGGCCGAGCUUCCUAAGAAGCUACAACUUGCUGCUGAAGAGGCUAAUCAAACCAACUUGCUUGCUCUGGCAGCUCGUGAAGAGCUACAAAAAGUAAAGGUAGAAGCAGAGCAAGCCAAGGCUGGAGUAAGUACCUUGGAAAGUAGAUUACUUGCAUCUCAGAAGGAGAUAGAGGCAGCAAAGGCUUCUGAAAGGUUGGCAAUAGCAGCAAUUAAAGCAUUGCAGGAGAGUGAAUCGGCUAGAAGCAAAAAUAAAGUGGACCCAUCCAAUGGGGUAACACUUUCUUUGGAAGAGUACUAUGAGCUUAGCAAACGAGCACAUGAGGCAGAAGAGCGAGCCAAUGGGAGGGUUGCAGCUGUAAAUUCUGAAAUUGAUAAAGUUAAGGAGUCUGAAAUGAAAGCCUUUGAAAGGUUGGACGAGGUGAAUAGAGAGAUAGCUGCUAGAAGAGAAUCUUUGAAAUUGGCAAUGGAGAAGGCUGAGAAGGCGAAGGAAGGUAAAUUAGGUGUAGAGCAAGAAUUAAGAAAGUGGAGAGCUGAAAAUGAACAACGAAGAAAGGUGGGUGACUCUGGCCAAGGAGGGGUAAACCAGAGUAAAAGCCCUAGGGGUAGUUUUGAGGGGAGUCAGGAAGCAAAUAAUUUUGAGAGCACUGGUGUUGCAGCUAAUCCUUUGUCAAGUCCAAAGGCUAAUGUACAUCAAGUCAUCGAUGAAAAUGAAUCAUCCCCAGAAUCAAAACAUGGGAAAAAGAAGAGAAGGUCAAUUUUCCCAAGAGUUUUGAUGUUCUUUGCUAGAAGAAAAACACAUUCAACUAAGUGA